AUGGAACACUUUCAACGGCUCGAUGAGAACAUUGCAAAUAUUGUAAUCGGCCAUGGGUUCUUGAACCUAGAUGCCCUGCAGUUUGCCACCGACGAGGAAGUCGAGAAUGCGGCAACAUUGGCGCUACAGAUGGCCGGCCCCGAUGUGCAACUAGCCAUCGCCAUUCAGCAGAGCGGCAUUCCGGGCGGACGCCGCCCGCCCCCCAAUCUGGACGAAAUCCCCGGUGACCCAAUCCCGAGACAGUGCAUCACCUGGGAGGAACGUAACCGCCUCCUGGCAGACAGCAGACCCAACAGCGCAGCGACCUCGGAGUCAGAUGAAGCCAACGAGAACAACGAACAGAAUUGCAUCGUCUGCAGUGGAGGACGGCAGCCCAAGAGCCGGCUGCCGUGCGGCUGCUGGAUGUGUCCACCCUGUCUACGGGCCUGUAUUCGCGUGGGUUUGAGGGCAGGGGGAUGGCCUCCUCGGUGCUGCGAGCCGUUGCACCAAGACCAAAUCGAAAGCGCGGAUCGAGAACGACCCGGCCUGCUAAGCCUAUAUCGGCAGAUUAGGGAGGAGAACGAGACGGAAGGAGACGACCGCGUCCCGGUACGCGAACGGGGCGAGAUAUACCGUCAGGGGCAAGACCCGGACGAGUUUCCCGCGGUUGCCCGGUUGGAGCAUUUGGGACAGCCCAUACCCCAGGUGCAGCCUGUGCCUAUGCCUAUACCUCCACCGCAACCGCAAUUGCAGCCGCAGGCUGAGUUGUUCCACCCACAAGCAGCGGAUGGUUUGUGGCAACCUUUACCUCUAGCCCGAGAUGAGGCGUUGGAGACGCAGUCGCAGAGCCUACCGCCGCAGACCUCAAGAGGGCGCGCGCGCGUGGCCUACCUUCGAGAUUCAACCCGACGACCCCCUUUGCAACCACCACCUCCCCAUGUCGUGGGUGGCCGAGGACAUGAACAACCGGGCGGAGCCCCCGCAGUGUGGCUUCUGCAGGUCGCGGGACGAAGCCAUUUACUUCCGGUGUCGGACGUGCGGGAUGGUGACAUGCAGCAGACACAGUAG